CUGGACCUUUUAAAGGAUACCCAAAAAAGGAUUAAUGAAUGUGAAAACGCCUGACAAGUGGGAAGUGUUCUGUAAAUACUAGUUAUCAGCUAUUACAAUUUCUUUUUUUGGCAGAGAAUACUUUCUAGGUUCCUCGUAGGCCUAAAGUUUUUGCGUUAAAUGUAAUUUUGAUUUUUGUCAAUUAUAAAUCAUUCCUGCCUUAAAAAUCAGUGUUAAAUUGGCAAACCAAAAAGUGGGCUUGCCUUGACCAUUUUUUUGGUUUGUUUUUUGUUAUCAACAGUAAAGCAGAUUUGUGUGUUUUGGAAUAGUUUUGUUGCUUCUCCCUCUGAAUGUGUGAAAUUUGUUUGGUUCUAUCACUGUGGAACUAGGUAAAGGCUCCUCUUAACUAUUCAGUCACUGGUUUUUUGGUUUUACUUUCGCAAACAGAUGUCCUUCAUAAUACCUAUGAAGGACAUCUCUGGAGAAAGGGCUGUUGUUUGUUUGUUUUGUUUAUUUGAUGAUUCGUUUUAGCUGGAAGGGAGCCCCGGGGGCGCUCUGGUAAACCAGCAUUACCCAGUGGACCGUGCUAGAAACCGUUUCUAGCCUCUCCAUGUGACAGCCAGCCAGCUUCUCAGGUAGUAACUGUUGUGAUCAAUCUCUCAACAAGCAUUUGGUAAGCUUUCACUGUUGUGUUUCCCGAGAGAAGCCUUUGAGCAGCAAGACAGUGUAAAAGGUAAGAGCUCAGACCAUGCAGCCAGGUGGCCCAAGUUCCCCUCCUGGCACCGUGGACCCUUGGGCACCUGUCUGACUUCUUUAAGCCUCAGCUUUCUUAUCUGAAGAAUGCUCCCUAGCUUAUAGGGUUCUGGGGAGGCGUAAACGAGAUAGUCUACGUAAAGGACUUAAAAUAGUAUCUUACCUGUGAUGUACACUCAGUAAGUGCCAGGUAUUAGUAGUGGCGGUGUAGGAAACAAAUAGUAUGGUGAUUCCUGUGAUAGAGGUUUGUUCCUGGGUUUGGUGGGUGGAAGGAAUCAGGCUCAAGGAAGCUUUGGGGAAGAAGUGGCCAAGCUAGGCUGUGAAGCAUGAGUGGGAGUUAGCUAAACCAGCUAGGAGUGCCAUUUGGGGUGUUCCUACAGUUAAUGGAGGAGCCUUGACCAAAACCCCUAAGGCGAGAAGGCCUUGUGGUACCCACCUGUUUUGUAAACAAAGGCAGAUAAGAGUAACCUCAAGGUGACACAGUGGAGACGAUUUUUUUAUCCUCCACACUGGUGAAGGAAGGAGAAAGUUUUUAAGCUGAGCGCAGAUGGCAUCAGAUUAGCUGUUUGGAAAGAUUGUGCCUGUAGUGGUGUGGGAUUAAAAGUAGGGAAGGCCCAGCCACUUGUCCUGGCAGCUUUGUGUCUGCCUGUGACUCCAAAAGGAAAAUGACUGCUUAGCAGGGGCAGGCAUUUGAAUCCAAAUCUGGAAGCCUAAAGAGCGCUCUGAGAAGGCAUGAAGAAACCAGAUCAUUCCAGGCAACCUUCUCUCUUAAAAAGCAUCUUCAAGGAUGUACUGUAUAUGCCUGACUACAAGGCAGGAUUCCCCCCAAAGUAUCCCUCUGAAAAGAGGGUGGUACCACAUGUUUAAGUCUCUCCUGUUACAGGCACUGUAAUUACUCUUUCCAACAACAAGAUGCCAUUUGGGAAAUACAUAUUGGACUGAAACAAUCUCAGUCAUUGCUAGUUCGGGAUAUUUAUACCACCAAUGUAUCAACAGUAAGUGAUAAAUUUAAAAAGUUCUGCCACCUGAAUGGGUAUUGAUGGCUUGCGUUGAGAUUUCCAGCGAGAGCAUCAAGUGCUGUAUCAUAGAUGAUUUGGUAGGAGCGAAGAUGGUGUGUUCUGGAAAAUGGAAUUUGAUGAUUCAGAGUGGCUUCAGUGACUACAGAGACGCUGGUGUUGAAGAUGGAGAAUGAUAAACAUAGAAAACCAUAUCCCCCUUAUUCUGAGAGCACAGCAUCCUGUUUCUUCUGUCUACAGUGGUUGUAAAUGGAGCCCACGUGAAAGGUCAUGAAACGGGUGCGCACCGAGCAGAUUCAGAUGGCCGUGUCCUGCUACCUCAAACGCCGGCAGUACGGGGACGCGGACGGCCCACUGAAGCAAGGCCUGCGGCUGUCGCAGAGCGCCGAGGAGAUGGCCACCAGCCUCGCAGUCCAAUCAGAAUCUGGUUGUGCCAACAUAGUGUCUGCGGCCCCUUGCCAGUCAGAGCCCCAGCAAUAUGAAGUGCAGUUCGGACGGCUGCGGAAUUUCCUCACCGAUUCUGAAUCCCAGCACAGCCAUGAAGUGAUGCCUCUCCUCUACCCCCUCUUUGUCUACCUCCACCUCAACCUGGUCCAGAGCAGUCCCAAGAGCACGGUGGAAAGCUUUUACAGCCGCUUCCAUGGAAUGUUUCUGCAGAAUGCCAGCCAGAAGGACGUCAUCGAGCAGCUGCAGACCACCCAGACCAUCCAGGACAUCCUGUCUAACUUCCGGCUGCGGGCCUUCCUGGACAACAAGUACGUGGUCCGCCUGCAGGAAGACAGCUACAACUACCUUCUCCGCUACCUCCAGAGUGACAAUAACACCGCGCUGUGCAGAGUCCUCACCUGGCACAUCCACCUGGAUGUGCAGCCCGCCAAGAGGACGGACUACCAGCUCUACGCCAGCGGCGGCCCCUCCCGGGGCGAGGGCGGCGGCCUGGAGCCUGCCGAUGUGCCCGCGCCCAUCCUGCAGAACGAGGCCGCGCUGGAGGUCCUGCAGGAGAGCAUUAAGCGUGUCAAGGACGGCCCCCCCUCUCUCACCACCAUCUGCUUCUACGCCUUCUACAACACGGAGCAGCUGCUGAACACGGCGGAGGUCUCCCCGGACAGCAAGCUGCUCGCCGCUGGCUUUGACAACUCCUGUAUAAAACUGUGGAGUCUGCGCUCCAAGAAGUUAAAAUCCGAACCGCAUCAAGUAGACGUGUCCCGCAUCCACUUGGCUUGUGAUAUCUUGGAGAAGGAGGACGACGAGGACGAUAACGCAGGCACGGAGAUGAAGGUCCUGCGGGGACACUGCGGGCCAGUGUACAGCACCAGGUUCCUUGCGGACAGCUCAGGGCUGCUCUCCUGCUCUGAGGACAUGUCCAUCAGGUACUGGGACCUCGGCAGCUUCACCAACACCGUGCUGUACCAGGGCCACGCCUACCCCGUGUGGGACCUGGACAUCAGCCCGCACAGCCUGUACUUCGCCAGUGGGUCCCACGACCGCACGGCCAGGCUGUGGUCGUUUGAUCGGACGCACCCGCUACGCAUCUACGCCGGGCACCUGGCAGACGUGGACUGCGUCAAGUUCCACCCCAAUUCAAACUACUUAGCCACGGGCUCGACCGACAAGACGGUCCGGCUGUGGAGCACCCAGCAGGGGAACUCGGUGAGGCUCUUCACGGGCCACCGCGGCCCCGUGCUCUCUCUGGCCUUUUCCCCCAACGGUAAGUACUUGGCAUCGGCGGGUGAGGACCAGCGGCUGAAGCUGUGGGACUUGGCUUCCGGAACCCUCUACAAAGAGCUUCGGGGCCACACGGACAACAUCACCAGCCUCACCUUCAGCCCGGACAGCAGCCUGAUCGCGUCAGCGUCCAUGGACAACUCGGUGCGCAUCUGGGACAUCAGGAGCGCGCACUGCAGCGCACCCGCUGACGGCUCGUCCAGCGAGCUCGUGGGCGUCUACACCGGCCAGAUGAGCAACGUGCUGAGCGUGCAGUUCAUGGCCUGCAACCUCCUGCUGGUGACCGGAAUCACACAAGAAAAUCAGGAACAUUGAUUUUUAUCUUUGAUGUAACGGACUGGGGCGUGCAAAGGGCUCCAGACGACAAGUCUUAGGACAGACGUAUGGAAUCACUGACUGACUGUGAAGGACUCCCCGCGUCCCCACGCAUCCCCCCUCGCGCCCCCUCGUCCCGCGGACAUCCCGAGCCCGCCACCCUUUGCUCAGCCCCCAAGUGUGGAGGGACGGGGGGAGGAAGGGCGGUGACGGGGAACGGACGUGAGAUCAAGAAUCACGGAGAUCCCGCGGUGUCCCCCUGCCGGCCCCUUCCUGUCUCUGGAGCCAAGAUGCCCUCACCUCGCCGGGGCUGCACUUGGCCAGAGGAGGUUUGCUGGGCGCCCUCCCCAGGAGCAGUGCUGCAGGGUCACUGGGUGAAAGGGACUCUAUCUGGGUAGAAUUCGGGGGCGGGAACUAGGAAAGGGGGCGGGGUCAUCCUGGCAAAUGUCUUUCCUUUUUCGUGAUUACAGAGAACCAGGAUUUUUUAUUAUUAUUAUAAUUAUUAUUAUUAAUGAGAAGAGGAAACCUAGCACUGGCAGAGGGGGCCUUCUCUGCUCUCAUCUUUCAGGUUUUACUCCUGGCACUGGCUGUGAUACUUGGAAUUUUGAGGUUCAGGGAAUUCAGAGAAUUUGGUCGUACAGUGUAUUGGGAGAAAGGGAAAAUUUCUGGGUGACAGAUUGAUCACUCCAGCUGACAUGUUUCUAGAAGUGGGUGGGUGGAUUUGAUUGAGAAAGUCUUGGGCUCUUGCAGUGAUGGUGGGAUAGAUUCUUUUCGUGGCUGCACUUCUAUUAACAGUUCUCUCCCCUGAAAGGACAGAUUGUGGUAAAGAAAUGAAAAUAAUUGGAAGUGAGAAGUCAAAAGAUAGAAUUAGAAAAUGUUGAAUUUCCAAAUGAUUCUGAGGUGUGGCUUUUCCAGCGUCUUUUCCCCCUGAGAUCAUCCCUCCCACCUCCUGCUUUGCAAUAGCAGUUUAAUGAACAGUCUGUGAAACAAAUCUUAAGUACGAACACACACGUCGAAAACUAUGCUCUGAGGAUAAAGCAACUUCUAAUUUGUGGAAAAAGGAUUAAAUAUUUCUGUUUUCUGAAAA